GUUCCCAAGAAAAGAGUUAAUAGUAAUAUCACGUGAUUGAUCACAUGACCCUAGUUCAUUAUACUGUGUAAUCAUCAGUCAUCAGAAUCUGAAAGUCAUCACACACAAAUUUUUUGUAACAGUCAAAGUAGAGCACAUGAUCCCACUGCCAUCAGAUCCCAAUUCAGAUUUUUACUAAUAUUGCUUAACUAUCAGGUUAGGUAUAAGAAUCUCAACUAUUUAUACUAGAAGAAGCCAUUUUCACUCACUAGAAACAGCUCAAGAACUUGAAGUUAAAGUUAGCAUAAAAAGAGGAGUUGAUCAAAAUGAAAGCAUACGCUACAGCACUGGCUGUUCUUGCUCUUCUGCUUUCUGUUAUUCUAUCUGGGUGGAUAAACAGGGCUCAAGCAGAGGCUCGUCCGGACCCUCGACCACCUUCCCUGUCAAAUUUUCAAGGUUUCCAGGUAGAUAAGAAGAAUCCAUUCAAGCAGGUUGAUUCAAGCUUCAGAAGAAUACCUCCAAGUACUUCAAAUCCUACACAGAAUAAGUGCAAACCUCCGUUAGAUGAUUGAAGCAAUAUCCAAAACAGUAGAUUUAGAGUCUCUACAACAUUGCCUUUCUUUUCUUUUCUUUUCUAACAGUAGAUUCAGAAUCUCUACCACAUGGCCGUUCUUUUCUUUCCUAUUUUUUCCCCUUCGAUUCAUUCUCUUCUACCUCUUGCUGGCUUAGUGUAUGUAGGUGUAACAGCAGCUCAUAAUGCAUCUACAAUUUUGUUUCCCUCCAAGAUACUAUGAGUUGUUACGUAAA